AUCCGUCAGUCCAUUGCCGAUUUUUUUCAGCGUUGCGGCUUGCAUUAUAAGAAUGUCACACUUGACAAAGCUUGGUACUCCGAAUGCUCUCAGGAGGCCAUCAAGCGCGGCUAUCCGAUGGACGCCAUCCUCCCAUACAUGGCCUUUGGCGUGGCCAUGAUGUCCAAUGCUUACGGCCACCUCCUGGAUCGUGCAACCAAGAUAUGGUUGUGCCUUUUCACCGCCGUAGGCAUCUGCACAGAAGACCUGAUGAUGAGGGCAGAACAUAUAGUGCAUGUGUACCGUUUCAACGAGCGGUUCGCGAACUACCAGCCACAGGGGCACCCGGUCAUGACUGCACUUGAUGAACUCUUGCGGGAGGCCACUUGCCAUUAUUCUUCGCCGGUGUCAAAUUUGAUCGUCACGUCCGCGCUCGACUUCGUGUCUUCUAAUUUACUUGACAAUGAGACCAAAUAUAUGCCGAUCUCGCCGCAGACUCCCUCAUACCCCGAGUAUUCUAGGAUGCUAUCAGGUGCAACGAAUGCGUACGGAUUCUUCAUUUUCCCAUCCACACUCCCGCUUCGGGAAUACGUUCAAUGCAUGCCAGAUCUAGCCAUAGUCAUAAACUACACAAAUGAUAUAUUGUCAUACUACAAAGAAGAGAUCGAAGGUGAAUCAACAAACUACUUGUCGCUCGUAGCAGCCUCUCGUGCUCUUACCAAACAGGACGCCCUCCGUGAACUCAUCGAGAAAACUGUGCAAGCACAUAACAAUGCCCUCGAAUUCCUGAAGCCACGUCCUGAGGCAUAUAACGCCUAUGUCGCGUUUUUCGAUGGGUAUAUCAAAUUCCAUACUUCCUUCGGAAGAUACAAGCUGGAGGAGAUCAUGUCUGAGAAGUCGUCUUCUUUAUGA